AUCAUAAUAUACCUCCAUCUUUUGGGUCUUCUUUUUUUCCCCUUCCUCUCUCAAAAAAAUAAAAUAAAAGAGCGCGUGCAAUCCAUUCAUCUUCCUAUCUCUCCUCUCUUUCUCUGACCUCUCACCUCCAUCUUUUGGGUCUUCUUUUCCCUCCUCUCUCUCUUUCUCUCUCCAGCUUCAUCGGCUUACUGUAGGUGCAAGCAACGGUGCCCGGAAUGCCAGAUUUGAGCUCAGGAGUGUCAAGAUCAAUUGAUGGUCCAAUCGAUCGAUGGUGUCGUCGGCGCCGGAGUCUUGUUCGGUGACGGAAUCCAUUUUUUUUUUUACCAUCUCUCUCACUAAUUUGUUGGGUGAACAGAUCUCUCUUCCAAAGCUAUAACUCUUGGAUGAACUACUAAUUUCGUGGUGGCGGGAGCACGCGAGGUCGACGCCGACGAGCGGAGUUAUAGUGUGUUGGCUUCUUCAGCAUCGAUAUUUAUUUUUUCGAUAGUGAAAUUUCAGAUUGUCAUCGUUGUGCGUUGUUGGGUCGCCGGUGGCUAUCGCAAGUUGUGUCGUCACAGUAAGAAACUGAUCUGAUUUUUCCGUCGUUGUUUGCAUAGGUGAGGCUUCAUCGGUUCUUGUACGUGCGGUGGCCGGAGCACGCUUCCAGUUCCCACCAAACUUAGAUACUCAGACAGAGAGAGAAACUGAGCUUCUCGUUUUGCUUUUGAAAUGGAUUCUUUCAACUCUUCAUCCACGACCCUUCUAGGUGGUGAAUACGACGUCUUUUUGAGUUUUAGAGGCCCAGACACUGGCAAAACCUUCACCGAUUACCUGUACACAAGUCUCGAAGGUGCAGGAGUUCGUACAUUUCGAGACAAUAAUGACCUUCGUGAAGGUAAAGAGAUUGGGCCAGAGCUACACCAGGCGAUCACUCAAUCGAAGAUCUCAAUCCCAAUUUUUUCCAAAGACUACGCAUCUAGUAAAUGGUGCCUCCGUGAGCUCGCCCGGAUGGUGGAGUGUAAGAGAACUACAAGGCAACUGAUUCUACCCAUCUUCUAUGAUGUUGAACCAUUUGAGGUUCGGCAUCAAUCUGGGAGUUACGAGGAGGCCUUCCGCAAGCACGAGAGUUGUUUCGAUGAAAGUGCGGUAAAGAAAUGGAAGGAGGCAUUGACAGAGGUUGGAGCACUCAAGGGUUGGGAAGUCGAGAAAGAAGCUGAUGGGCAUCUAGGGGAACUUGUAAUGAUGGUUGUUCGAACAGUCUUGCUAGAGUUAAAGAAGAAAUGCAUGGUUUUAACUGACAACUUGGUUGGAAUCAAUGAUAAUGUAGACAAAAUGAUGAGAUUAUUAAAGGUUGAUUCUAAUGAUACACAGAUUGUUGGUAUCUACGGGAUGGGAGGUAUUGGCAAGACAACUAUUGCAAAGUGGAUCUACAACAAGCUCUUCCAGUGCUUUGAAUGUUGUAGCUUCCUUACCGAUAUUCGAGAAAAAGCACAACAAUACAUGGGACUUGUUAGCCUGCAAAAACAGCUUCUCAAGGACACCUUAAAUUUGCGUGGGGACAGUAUCAGUGAUGUUAAUAGUGGAAUUAAUGAGAUAAAACAAAGAUUCUUGAGACAUAAGGUUCUCAUUGUUCUUGAUGAUUUGAAUGAAAAGUCUCACUUUGAUUGCCUUGUGGGAAAGCGUGAUUGGUAUGGUAAAGGAAGUAGGAUCAUAGUCACAACUAGAAACAAACAUGUUCUAAACUCUGUUCAAGUUGAUGAGGAUUACGAGCCACAAUUUUUGGACCUCGAGCAAUCUCUUCAACUGUUAAGCAUUCAUGCUUUCAAAAGGGAGUCUCCUCCAGAAGACAUGGACAACAUCUCUAGAGAAGUUGCAUCCACAGCUGCAGGGCUUCCUCUAACUCUUGAGGUUAUAGGUUCGUAUUUAUUUGACAAGCCGAAAAAGGUAUGGGAAGCUACAUUGAAGAAGUUGGAGAAAAUACCAGAUGAUCAAGUCCAAAAAAAGUUAAGAAUAAGUUAUGAUGAAUUAACCCAUGAGCAAAAACAGAUAUUUCUGGAUAUUGCAUGUGUUUUUAGAGGGAUGGAAAAAACUUAUGCAUCUUACAUGUGGGGAAGCUGUGGCUAUUAUCCAGAGAAGAACCUUUACGACCUUCGUCUCAUGUCUCUAGUAAAAAUGGGAGCUGAUAAUGUGCUAAGGAUGCAUGAUCAACUUAGAGGUCUUGGUAGGGAAAUCGUUCGUCAAGAAAAUCUCGGGAAUCCAGGAGCACGUAGCAGGUUGUGGGAUCAAAAGGAAGCAGGGGAGGUACUGAAGGAAUGUAGGGGAACAGAAAAGAUUGAGGUCCUAAGUCUUGAUUACUUGACUGAAGAGUUAACAAAUGAUGAGAUCAUAGAUGAUGAUUUCAUACCUCCUACAAUACCUUAUACGAGUAAGGAAUUCACAGAACUUGUUAAUAUAAGGUAUCUCCGUAUGAAUGGCGUUAAACUUGUUGGGGAUUUUAAGCGUCUUAUGUCACAAUUAAGAUGGCUUCGUUGGCAUCGCUGCCCUAGCCAUUUCAAAGCGACCAAUUUUCACAUGAAUAAUCUAGUUAUUCUUGACCUAACAAAUAGUCCCAUCACAGAGAACUGGAAGGCUUGGAGUCAAAUCAAGGUGGCAAAUAAGUUAAAAGUUCUGAAUCUUUCAAAUUGUGAUUUAAGGAGAACUCCCGACUUUUCAUCUUUUGCAAGUUUGGAGAUAUUGAUUCUUGAAUGCUGUUCGAAAUUGGCCGAAAUUGACCCGUCCAUUGGUAAUCUGGAUAAUUUGAGAGAGCUUAACAUUUCGGAGACUAAAAUAAAGAAGUUACCUGAUGCAAUUUGGAUGUUGAAGAAGUUGGAAGUUAUAGAUGCCUCGUAUUGUCGGGAUUUGAAGUGUAACAUCCCCAGUUGUAUUGGGAGAUCAUCAUCUUUGAGACACUUGAGGUUUUGUCAUACCAAAAUUCAAAGCCUACCAACAAGCAUUUGCGACCUCUUGUACCUCCAAACCCUUGACUUAGAUUACUGUGAAAAGCUCGAAGUAGUGCCAGACCUUCCCUCAAGUCUAAAAAUUCUCAAAGUCAAGUCCUACGCGUCCCAGUAUAGAUAUUUGCGGGUUACCCCCAAUAAUGUUGCAAAUCUAGUUAAUUUACAGAAACUGGAGUUUGACUGCUUGAGGGAGGAUGUGAAGUUCCCUAGAGAUAUUGAGAAGUUAUCCGAACUGCAGACAUUGAAGUUGAGUAGUACCAACAUUAGGAUCCUACCCAAAGGGAUUGGUGCCCUUUGUCAGCUCAAAUUUCUCAGUAUUGCAUGUCAUGAUCUUCAAUACAUAUUAGGGUUACCUUCUACUCUGGUUGAAUUAUUGCUUGAAAAUUGUGAAUUAUUGGAAAGAUUGACCGAUCUGUCAAAUUUGAAAUUUUUGUUGAGAUUGAGUUUUGUCUCUUGCUGUAAGCUGAUGAAAAUUCAAGGGCUUGGGGAACUAGAAUCAUUGAAAACUUUGUGCAUAUAUGGUUGCCACACUCUUAAAGAGGUACAAUUGUUUGGGAAACUAAAAUCUCUGGUAAGAUUGACAAUAGGUAAGUGCCACACACUGAGAGUGAUUCAAGGGUUAGGAAAUCUAGAAUCGUUGACAUCUUUGGAGAUAUAUGAGUGCAAUGAAAUAACUGAACUUGAUUUGCUUGAAUGUUCUGCAUCUCUACCAUCAUCCUCAUCCUUGGAGAUGAGCCACACUCUUAAAGAGGUACAAUUGUUUGGGAAACUAAAAUCUCUUGAAAGAUUGAGAAUAGGUGAGUGCCACACACUGAGAGUGAUUCAAGGGUUAGGAAAUCUAGAAUCAUUGACAUCUUUGGAGAUAUACGAGUGCAAUGAAAUAACUGAACUUGAUUUGCUUGAAUGUUCUGCAUCUCUAUCAUCAUGUUCUGCAUCUCUAUCGUCAUCCUCGUCCUUGGAGAUGAGCGAGUACAAAUACCUUGAAAAUCAAUCAGUUGGAUCCAACUUAAACAAGUUAUCAGUUCAAUGUUGCGAAAAUCUCACUAAGAUCCAAGGGCUAGAUAGAUUGGUUCAGUGGAAGAUUUGAAUUUGUAUGGUUGCGAAUCCAUGGUAAGAUUACCCAAUCUGUCAAACUUGAAAAUGUUGAGAAGCUUAAACCUCAAAAAAUGCACGAGUUUAUGUGAGAUUGAAGGUGUUGAGGCUUUGGAAGCCUUGGAGGUACUGGAUGUCAAAGGGUGCACAUCUCUUGAACAAAUACCGGAUCUGCCAAACACAUAUAUAACACAAGAAGGUAUGGAAGACAACAAUUUCUCUCUCUAGGUAGGUGGUAAGGGAUUUUCCCUCGUUGCUUCUAAUCAUUUCUUUGUAUUUAUCAUUUCAGAUUCUUGUUGGGAAGGUUGUAUAACUUGUAUAUGCUCAAUUUUGUGCUUGAUGAUGUGUGUUCAAUUUUGUGCUUGAUAUGCCCAAUUAUGUGCUGGGAAAGUUGUUUGGAAAGUCCUAGUGAACAACGGAGGACACAUUGGAGGAGAAAUAGAAUGCAGGUAUGGAGAGGAUACCGCAAUAUAUAUUUUUUUUUCCUAAAGGAUACCGCAAUAUAUUUCUA